GAGCCUGUGUCAGACAAAGAUAUUUUUAUUGAGACAACUAUAUAGACAGCAGGUGCAAUGAAGGGCAGUAAACCAGCAGAUGUGAAAUAAUCCAUUAAGAGUUACCAUCAUGAAAUGUUAGGUAUUUAUGCUACAGAUAUUGAGGAUGAGUUGCUGUACACCCUUCUUGAUAACUAGGAAAAUACUUGUUCUUGUGUUAUGAUGGAGCCAAUUCUAUGGCUACCAGCACUAGCAGAAUGCAUCUCCUGCUAAAGCAGAUUCUCAGAAAUGGAUAGGAAGACCACUGAUAAACAGGUGUCAUCAAAUAACUCUAAAUGCAAAUGGGACAUUCUAUGAGGAAACCAAAAGAAGGCUUCAGAGGAGUGUUGAAAAAUAAAGGAAAAGGGCUAGUCAUGAUCCUUUGAUGUGUGCAUCAUGUACAGGAUACAAUUUAUGCAUUUGACAGCUACAUAAAACCAGAAUACAAAGUCAAAUCCAACUACCACCUUUUCAAGCAAAAUAAAUGCUGUCAAAAUUCCAGCAAGGAGAUAGUGUUUUGCCGGUCUAUGGCCCUGCAUACUGCCUAUAUGGAGAGCGUGUGUGCAGUAGAGGUUGCUUAUAUCCCAUACUCUGAAGUUAAGAUGACAGAACUCUGAAGUGAACAAAGAGGUUCAUCAAAGACACAUUCAAGGACAGGACUGCACAAUUUCAUCUGCAAAUGCCAAGGACAGCUGAGGAACAUGGCGGGGUUGGAAAGAGUCAGUGAUCAAACUACAGAGUCUUACAACAGGAGUGUAGGGAGCUUCUGAAGGGGAAAAAUGAGCUCAAAGGUGGUUCCGCUCUACUGGAAAUGAUCCCAUAGGUAGGUCCUCCAUGCUGCAAAAUGACCACAUAUCCUCUCACAUUGAGGCCAACAUUUCAGUCACAGUGAUCUCAGUUUAUAGGACAAGGAACACUUGAGUGGUAACUGAGUUUAUCAUCAGGUGUAUAGAUUGUUUGGUCUAUAUUAAUACAAAGAGUAAUAAUAAUAUCUUCUAUCGCUAUUUAAUUUGCACUAUAACCUUCUUUAGAGAAUUUAUUAGGCAGUAUAUAAGAGAAAGACAUUCUUAUGUAAAGAAGUCUUAUCAAAAAAGUGUUGAUUUCAUUACCUUUUUCCUGGCAUGUCAUAUAAAUUAGUGUUUCAGAAUAUUUUUUAUUGUUCAAGUUCUUUUAACUUUCUUCUUCAUAUUUCUUUCAGCAAGAUUAUAUAGUUCCUAUGGGUUUUGCACAGGUGUAUAUAUUUGUCUAAUGAUUUAGGUUGGAAAUUACAAGAUUUCUUAAUAAAAGAGGAGUGAAGCUCUGGAAUAAUCACCCAGAAUAAAUGUGAAAUAUAAGAAAACAAGUUCAUUUAAGUUGAAAAUUGAGCAAUUUAUGGAAAGAGAUGGCCAACAUCGUUGCUUAGAGUAAUCUAGGGAACUGAUUUCAAGUACCUGAGAGGUCUUUUUCAGUUUCAUAUUCUUCUAUGUGUAUAAAAUAAAAUUUUAAUCUAGAUGCUGGGAAAGAAGAAAGUUUUUACAAGUUAUCUUUUCCAUGUUAUCUCAUUCUGCAGAACAUACCACAGUUAUUUAUAAACGUGUUACCACCAGCUGCCUUUUCUCACAGUUGUUUUUUUUUUUCCCCUCAAAAAUACACCGAUAAGCAGCAAACAAGGAACAACCACAGGACUACAUACAUUUGUAAAUAGUUAUUUUCAAAAGCAGCGCGACUGGCAUAUGUAAAAAUCAUGAAAAGCCAAUUAAUAGGAUUUCUUAUGAACUUCUGGAUUUCUUUUUCACUUGCUUUAUAUUUUCACAGUGGAGAAAGAGAAGAGAAAUGCAUAAUCGAAGAUAUUCCCACAGACACGCUGGUAAUUGGGAAUUACAAAGUACAACGUUGGGAUAUACAAAAACACGAAUUUCUUGAAUCUGCUCCUGGUUUGGGAAUGUUUGUGACUGUCACAACUCCUUCUGCUGAGGUACUAUUAUCAAAACUGUAUGGGCCACAAGGAACAUUUUCUUUUACAUCCCAUCUAUCUGGGGAGCAUAUUAUCUGUUUACAGUCUAACUCCACAAGAUUUGUAUCAUUUGGAGGAAGUAAACUGCGUAUCCAUUUGGACAUUAGAGUUGGAGAACAUUUUUUGGAUGAAUCUGUUGUUCAAGCCAAAGACAAAGUGAAUGAAGUUAACAUUAGACUAGAACAUCUAAUUGAGCAAGUUCAUCACAUAUCCAAAGAACAAAACUAUGAAAGAGAGCGUGAAGAAAAAUUUCGGAAGACAAGUGAAGAAACUAACAGCAAUAUUUUGUGGUGGGCUAUUGUACAAACACUACUCCUCAUAUCCAUUGGAAUCUGGCAAAUCAAAUCUCUCAGAGAUUUCUUUAUAUCUAAGAAGCUUGUUUAAGUCUUAUAAAGUAAAUGCACAAAUUCAAAAAUUGCACACUAUAUAACACCUAACAUCCAAAGAAACCCUGCAUCUGUGCAAAAAUUGUUUGUAUAUAACUCUCAAGCUUCUCUCAUCUUCUACUAUGAUUCUUACUGUAACUCUGGUUUCUCCGUGUCUAUGACAACCUCUGGCAUCCCCUUACAUUUUACUGCUUGAAUCCCAUCUUUUAUUAAGUAUUUUCCCUCUACAGAUGUAAAGCUAAAUCUAGAAGAAGGACUCAGUAACUAAGGCAGCAUUUAAAUUCAACUCAGGAUUAAUAAAUCUAAAACAGAAGUCUAAAAAAAGUUUCCUAAUAUUUUAAAUUUCCCUACUUGCUUAGUGAUUGUAUUCAGUACUACCAUAAACAGUUCAGCGUUUCAGACUGAAUAGGAUUCAGAUAGUAGGCAGAUAAACAUCUAUAUCCCCUGCAGUUCUUUAUUUGUCUUGAACUCAACCUAUGUAUGUGUAAUAAUACCCAGCUUUUCCUCAAAUA